AUGGAUGCUAUAAAAAUUGAUUUCCCUGCUGGAGUAACUGCAGCAGCUAACGCAACACCAGCAGCUACAUAUGGACUUGCUACAGAAGUCCUUCAGCUUGAGGCGGUCAAACUCCAAGCGCGAGAGACCACAGAUCAUGACCAACUGAUUAUAGCCCAAGACUAUAAGGACAUAGAGUAUAUGACCAGAAAAUUGAUUCAAGAAUAUAAAAAAUCAGGUCUAAAUGUAAACAUGAAUAAAACAAAGUACAUGGUAAUUGGUGGAGUGAAUGGAGACUUAAUAUUAGAAGAAGGGAUGGGAACAAUAACAGCUACUGAGGAAUAUAAAUAUUUAGGUGUGAAAAUUACAAAUGAUGGGAAACAGGACAAAGAAAUUAGAUCAAGAAUAAAUUCUGGAAAGACGACAAUCUCUUUAUUGAAUGCAAUUCUCUGGGACAAACACAUAACAACUGAUAACAAAAUAAGGAUCUUUAAAACAAUAGUUAGGAGCAUUAUUACAUAUGGUUCAGAAGUAUGGACAACAAAAUGGCAGAAGUGUGCUGUGCCUCAGUCUUUAUACAUAACCCUUCACACACAAAGGGAAGCAGCUUACAACGCUUAG